AUGUCUGCGGAUUUCUGGGCCAGCUACAUCUCUGGAGCAUUGGGAAUACUGAUAGGCAAUCGCUUAGAUGUCUUGAAGGUCAAGGCUCAGACGAGCACGGAAGUUACUUCAACGGGGCUUGUACCAGAGCAAGGUACUAGUGUGAAGAGAUUUACAGCUUUGUUCAGAGGAGCGGCGGCUCCCAUACUUGGCUAUGGAGCUCUGAACUCCAUUCUUUUUCUAUCUUUCAAUAGAUCCUUAAAACUGAUGGAUCCGAGCAUAUUUGAUUACACCAAGCUCACAGGCGUUGACCUAAGCAAAAUUUGGAUGGCGGGUGCGGUGGGUGGGCUUGCGUCGUUUGUGAUUUCAGCACCGUCAGAACUUAUCAAGUGUCGUGCUCAGUUAGUUGUUGAUGGGCAGGGGUCCUCCUACGCUGUAUUCAAGGAGGUCUGGAAGCAUCAGGGGAUUCGUGGGCUCUACUACGGGGGGAUGAUAACAAGCGUUCGGGACGCAUUUGGAUAUGGUUGGUACUUUUGGUCAUACGAACUUAGCAAACGGUUGCUACUUUCCAAAGGAGCAGACCCUUUCGCUGCUCCUACUGCCUCAGAUGUCCUGAUUAGCGGCGGCAUUGCAGGUGUGGUAACCUGGUUGUCCAUCUAUCCGCUCGAUGUGGUAAAAACGCGUCUGCAGACUCAACCCUCGUGGAGUCCCGAGCUGCAAGGGCUGCUUCGGGCCAAUAGAGAUAUACUGGCUCCGAAAAGUGCAAAGACCUCCCUUGUCGUGGCUCGUGAAGUCUGGCAAGACUCGGGGCUUCGAGGAUUUUACCGUGGCAUCGGCGUGUGCAGCCUCCGAGCGUUCAUUGUCAAUGCUGUUCAGGUUUGUGAACCCCAACAUGACAGCUGA